UCUGCACCAUAUGAAUGGACGCUUGUAUUGUUCGACGUCGUCCACGAAGCUUGAGCGAACUUUACUGGCUCAAACUCCUGCAACACGUUUCUUUCUCUUCUUCUUCGACAUUUAAUUCGAGCGACAAACUGCUGGGUUGCGAAACCAGCGCACGAAGAAGGUCGCGGAAAGGGAAACAACUCGUUCACGCCACGUUGAACGGAGCGAACUGCAGCUGAGAAACAGUGUUGGUGCGUCACCGGAGAGUCAGCUCUCCACCUGGCCUGGAGAUGGGGGAUCCAGAGCCUCCUGAGUUUGGGUCCCUGGAGGAGGAGCUGGAGUACUGGAAGGAACAAGCCGCCAGGCACCAACAGAGUGCGGAGGAAGCUCAAGAGGAGCUGCAGGAGUUUCAGCAGAUGAGUCGUGACUACGAGGGCGAGCUGGAGACGGAGCUGAAACAGUGUGAGGCGCGGAACCGCGAGCUGCUUGCCGCCAACGACCGCCUUCGUAUGGAACUAGAAAACUACAAGGAGAAGUAUGAGAUGCAUCACUCCGAGGCCUGUCGGCAAAUCUCCAGCCUGGAGGGCGACCUGGCUGAGACCACGGCCGUCAGAGACCAACUUCACAAAUACAUCAGAGAGCUGGAGCAGGCCAACGAUGACCUGGAGCGAACCAAGAGGGCAACCAUCAUGUCACUGGAGGACUUUGAGCAGAGGAUGAACCAGGUGAUAGAGAGAAAUGCUUUCCUCGAGAGUGAGCUGGACGAGAAGGAGAAUCUCCUGGAGUCUGUUCAAAGACUGAAGGACGAAGCCAGAGACCUGAGGCAGGAGCUGGCCGUGCAACAGAAACAGCAGGUACAGGACAGGAAGCCGUCUCUCAGCAAUGUCGUCAAAGAGCCUCCAUCAUCUUCGUCCACCUCCUCCUCGGCCGGGCUGCCCACCCCUCCUCUCACCCCUCAAGAUAUAGGAACUGAGGACAAAACCACGUCUCUGCCCUCUAACCAGCCCAUCCCCUCUGCCACCACCACCACCACCACGCCGUCCAGACCUCCAGCCCAGUCUGACUACUUCACCACACCUCCGCCCUCCACCAGCAGAGGUGAAAGACUUUUAGCGACUCCUCUCACCACCUCGGCGAGAAUCUCGGCCCUCAACAUUGUCGGGGAACUUCUGAGGAAAGUCGGGAACCUUGAGUCCAAGCUGGCAUCGUGUCGGGAAUACGUCAACGAACAGACAGCUAAUCGCAGAGGUCAAGCCGGGGGACAGGGGGCGCCGACGGGCCAGAACUCCUCAGAAACCCCUCCUACCAACGGCCUUUACAACAAGGGGCUGGUGAAGAGGUUAGACUUUGGAGCGGGACACAAAAUGCUGCUGUGAAAGUGAAAACCUCCUCCACCUCCAUCCUCUGAGCUGCUCUCCUCCUCCUCCUCCUCCUGUCCGUCCAGCCUGGAUCCCUCGAGCACGUAACGGUACCGUGUCCCGCACAUUAUACUGGUGGCUUCUGCUUCAGGACACGGGACGCUCUAACAGGAAGCUUCCGUGAUGAAAUGGAUGGAAAUGUUACUGCAAAUACUCUGGGAUGUCUGUCACCAGCUCAAAUCUUUUCAGCACUCGCACUUAGCUUGAUAUACCUUCUUGGACUCGUGCUGCAUGUCACCACCUCACCUUCUUUGUUUGGAUUUGCCAAGUAUUUUGUGUGUGGGUUUUUUUUGUGUGUUUGUUUGUUUGUGUGUGUUUCACUCUAAAGGUGUGUUCAGUGAAUCUUUACAGAGAGAAUUAAACUGUCAGAAUUGACAGAUGCAUGUUUGCUCUGCGUGGUGAUGUAAGGAGACCAGGAGUCAUCCACUCAAAUUUAAAAUGUUUAUUUUCACAGCACUCUAGUGGAGGAUGUAUGUCCAGAAGGAAACAGCAGGAACAAAAUGACACCAGUCAGUACUGUAGAUUUCUCUUGUAUACAUGUUUUCAUGUCAUGAAGUAGUCAUUACUUUCAUUUUGAUAUGACAGAUACAGGAAGUGGAGCAUAGAUAAAUACAGAUGGUCAACAUGGUGGCUCCUAAAAUCAGGAAAGACCCAAAAAGGGAAGCCAGAGUGUCUUCACCGACCUCUGGUGGCAAGCUGCAGUAUAAGUCAUAAUCCCCACCUCCUCCAUGUGUGUAGAUGGGACAUGGACAAAACAAAAGUCAACAUUUUCUCAGAGGGUUUCUGUUAUAUUAGGUAGUUCCUAUCACACUGGUGUUUGUUUAAGUGUUCGUGUUUCUGAUAAGUUUGUUUUUAAUUAGUUCUUUGAUCCCCCGAUCGGUACUGCAAUGACACUGGUUCCAAAUUAAGUCCUUGGCGCAAGAUGGCGGCGUUCGUAUCCAAGAUAUUUUGGCUUGAUUUCUGAACAGCGGGAAGAAGUGGAGGGGUGUCAUCCAUGUUUAUUUAGAGCGAGCGACCAUGGCUGCCACCCGCUACCAACA